AUGGAUAUAAAACUGGAACAGCUGAAGACAGAGCUACGAAUAUGCACCGCCUGCGGGGAACCGAUCGCCGAUAAGUACCUUUUCGAUAUUGACGGCUGCGCCUGGCACGGAUCCUGCUUGCGUUGUUCCGUCUGUCUGACCCUGCUCGAACGACAACCCUCGUGCUACUUUCGCGAUCGACAAGUCUACUGCCGAACCGAUUACGUCAAAACGUUUGGCGCCAAAUGCUCGAAAUGCUGCCGAACGAUAGCGGCCUCAGACUGGGUGCGGAAGGCCCGCGAUCUCGUGUUCCAUUUGGCCUGCUUUUCAUGCGACACUUGCGGCCGGCAGCUUUCGACCGGCGAACAGUUUGCCCUGAUCGACGAUAAGGUGAUGUGCAAGAUCCACUACAUGGACACGGUCGAAGAUGGAUCGAACUCGAGCGAUGAUGGGUGCAGCAGUGAUGGAUACAACAAGAACAAAUCGAAACGCGUCCGGACGACAUUUACCGAGGAGCAGCUGCAGGUGCUGCAGGCCAACUUCCAGAUCGACAGCAACCCGGACGGGCAGGAUUUGGAGCGGAUAGCGCAGCUGACGGGGCUAAGCAAGCGGGUAACGCAGGUUUGGUUCCAGAACUCGCGUGCCCGCCAAAAGAAGCACACCCACGUUCCACGCGAUCACAAUCCCAAUCUGUUCAACGCAUUGCGGCAGGACAUGAACAAUAACAGCAGCGGACAGACAGGUCUGGGCGAUCACGAUCAUGGUCCCGGUAUGGGUAAACAUCCUGGUGCCAUGUUCAACUCGCACGUGAAUCUCAUCAACUUGAUGGUGUAA